AAAUGUUCAUUGUGUGGAUUUAGACAAGUAUUAUACAUUGGCAUGUACCCACCAUCACAGUAACAUAAGGAGGACUUUCACUACCCUAAAAAUCCUCUGUGCUCCAUCUACAUUUGUAUUCUUUUCACUUCUGUCACUUGUUGCUUCACGUUUUGUAGCUGGUUUUAAGUGCAUACAAACAAGAUUCUCAAACCAUCCCUGUAAAUUGACAUUUUUAUAAUGUAAACUCCCUGUCGCUCAGGCUGGAGUACAUACACUAUGAUAAAAAGAGUGCAUACAGUAUGUUUCUACAAAUCUACAGUGACAGGGCAGCUCGACGACUGCCCAGAGUGCGUGUUUCGUAGUCGCAGCAGGGUAAAAGGCCUAAUUGGGAUGAGGCUGGAAAGACGGUCACCAGGUCGACUUUUCCAGCUCAUUUUGUGAUUGCUGCAUCCCUCAUACCACCUCACGUUCCCAGAGCUGCUCGUUCUGAAGACAUUUCCAUGGGCCAGUUCCACCGCAAACUUCCCAGAAAGCGUUAGUUCUGCUGUACGGACACCGAACUUCCCUUAAGAUGGCCGCGCCCACGGUGCUCCGGCCUAACGGCGCGGUUACUUGUAAUGCAUCGUUCUUUUUUGAGUCCCGCUUGCUUCAUUUUUUAUGCGGCUUCUAAAACGCUUUGCAUUUAGAACAGUGAUUGAGGUGCCAGAAGUGACUUAAAUUUUCCACUGAGCUGAGGCGUCACAGUCGUCAUGACCGCUAAGAACGGAUGCCGCUCCUUUGUGUAACGGGCCUUUGAGAAGUUUGCGCCGUUCCCUGUCCCCUUCAAUGACAAGACCAACUUAUUCUGUUUCCUGUCCGUUCAGGGUACUUUACCCCCACGCCAUUUCUGCCUGUGUGAACUCAAGCCUCUAAUAAUCUCUCCAUUUUUUGCCAGGUGUCUGGAAAUCGGACAGUUUUAGAGGCCUCUGCCCACCGCGUUUCGCGGAUGCUGUGCCUUCUGUACGUCAUGUACUCAAAGAUGGCCGCCCCCAGAGCAGCGAAGCGAAGGCGGUGCUGGCGAGUCUCUUCCUGAGGAAAAACCGGAAGCCCGCAUUCCGCUUUCCCGGGAAACGCUGUGGAUCCUCUCUGGAGGUUUAUGCGGGAGGGAGCUGGGCUAGGGGCCCAGAAGUGGAAGAAGUUUAGGGAAGUUCAGCCUUUAAGAAGUCGCGGCGAUUCCAAGGACAGUCAGGUCCUGGCUACCCUGGGAAGAGACAGGAAAUGCAUGAAGAAAGAGGAAGAUUCCAGGACCUAGAUAUGAUUUCUGUGAAUACCCUUCACUGGUAAUGACCAGGGUUUCUAACUGGAAAUUUAAGGCAGAUCCAGAGGAGACAAAGACAGUGUAUCCCGGUGCUGACCGCUUCCCACAACAGAAGAAAAUGCUCAAUGCCCAGGAAUCGCUGACACUGGAGGACGUUACGGUGGAGUUCACCUGGGAGGAGUGGCAGCUCCUGGACCCUUCUCAGAAGGACUUGUACCGGGAUGUGAUGUUGGAGAUCUACAGCAACCUGGUAUCAGUGGGUUUUCAAGUCAGCAAACCAGAUGCACUCUCCAAGUUGGAACGAGGAGAAGAACCAUGGACAAUAGGAGAUGAAAGGCACAGUCGAAUCUGUCCAGAAAACAACAAAGUUGAUGAACAUCUGCAGGAUCACUUGGAAAAUCAAAGGAUGCUGAAGAGUGUGGAACACCACCAUAAACAUAAUGCAUUUGGAAAUAUUGCCUCUCAAACCAAAAGCCAUUGUCUUUUCAGGGAAAAUCAUGAUACAUUUGAAUUAUAUAUAAAAACUUUGAAAUCAAAUUUAAGUUUAGUCAACCAGAACAAAAGCUGUGAAAUUAAGAACUCUAAUAAAUUUAAUGGAGAUCGGAAAUCAUUUCUUCAUGGUAAGUAUGAAGAACUUCACUCUGCAGCUAAAUUCUCUGUAAGUACGCCAUCUAGUAGCACCAAAUCCCAAGUCAGUAAGCAUCAAAGAACUCAAGAAAUAGAGAAAACCCACAUCUGCAGUGAAUGUGGGAAAGCGUUUGUCAAGAAGUCUCAGCUCACUGAUCAUGAGAGAGUUCAUACUGGAGAAAAACCUUACGGAUGUACUUUGUGUGCAAAAGUGUUCUCCAGAAAGUCCAGGCUAAAUGAACAUCAAAGAAUUCAUAAAAGAGAGAAAUCUUUCAUAUGCAGUGAAUGCGGGAAAGUCUUCACCAUGAAGAGUCGUCUGAUUGAACAUCAGCGAACUCAUACUGGAGAGAAACCCUAUGUAUGCAAUGAAUGUGGAAAAGGCUUCCCCGGCAAGCGUAAUCUCAUUGUACAUCAGCGAAAUCAUACUGGAGAGAAAUCCUAUGUAUGUAGUGAAUGUGGAAAAGGCUUCACUGGGAAGAGCAUGCUUAUCAUACAUCAACGAACUCAUACAGGAGAGAAACCCUACAUUUGUAGUGAAUGUGGGAAAGGCUUUACCACAAAGCACUAUGUCAUCAUACAUCAGCGAAAUCAUACAGGAGAGAAGCCGUAUAUAUGCAACGAAUGUGGGAAAGGCUUCACCAUGAAGAGCCGUAUGAUCGAACAUCAACGAACUCAUACAGGAGAGAAACCCUAUGUAUGCAACGAAUGUGGAAAAGCCUUUCCCAGGAAGAGUAAUCUCAUUGUACAUCAGAGAAAUCAUACAGUAGAGAAAUCAUAUCUAUGUAGUGAAUGUGGAAAAGGUUUUACUGUGAAAAGCAUGCUCAUCAUACAUCAGCGAACUCACACUGGAGAGAAACCCUACAUAUGCAGUGAAUGUGGGAAAGGCUUCCCCUUGAAGAGUCGGCUGAUUGUACAUCAGCGAACUCAUACUGGAGAGAAACCUUAUAGGUGCAGUGAAUGUGGGAAAGGUUUCAUUGUGAAUAGUGGACUGAUGUUACAUCAGCGAACUCAUACUGGAGAGAAACCCUACAUAUGCAGUGAAUGUGGAAAAGGUUUUGCCUUUAAGAGCAAUCUUGUUGUACACCAGCGAACUCAUACUGGAGAAAAACCCUUUUUGUGCAGUGAAUGUGGAAAAGGCUUCACCAUGAAACGCUAUCUCAUUGUACAUCAGCAAAUUCAUACGGGAGAGAAGUCUUGUAUAUGUAGUGAAUGUGGAAAAGGCUUUGCCAUGGAAGCUGAGCUUGCUUUACAUAAGCAAGUUCAUACUGGAGAAAAACCUUAUGGAUGCAAUGAAUGUGGUAAAGGCUUUACUGUGAAGAGCCGUCUAAUUGUUCAUCAACGAACUCAUACAGGAGAGAAACCUUUUGUAUGCAGUGAAUGUAGAAAAGCCUUCUCCUCCAAGAGAAAUCUCAUUGUACAUCAGCGAACUCAUAAUGGAAACAAAUUCUAACAAUGCACUGGACAUGGUCAUGCCUUUGGGAAGAAAAUAUGUCUUGUACAACAUCAGAGAUUUCACAGUAUAGAUUUUCUUUAUGUGUACCAAGUAUGAAAAAGAUCAUAUUUCAAAAUCCAGUGUUAUCCACUAGGAUGAAUGCCAUCAAUGUCAGAAAGCCUUCAACAUGAAUUCAGGCUCUGAAUUCUUUGAUGUACCAAUGUAUAUAAAAUAACUCAUCUGAGAGAGAUUCUGUGGAUUGGGAGUAAUCUUUCAUUUGUCAGUCUUCAUUAAAAUUACAAAAACGUGCACAUGAGAAAUGUAUAAGGUAAAUAAUCCUUUUGCAGAGAAUCUGAUUGUAUACAAGCAAACUCAUGCAGAGGGAAAACCAUGUUAGUAAUGUGAAUGGAUUAAACAUCGCUGUGUUCCUAGCAUACAUAUAUGUAGGCAGUGUAGAGCAGCCUGUUGCCAGAUUUUCACCCUUGGAAGAUUAUGCAAUUUGUAGGAGUGAAUUUUAAUGAAUGCAGAGAAUGCACUAGUGCCUUAGGUGAUUAAUUACCUCAUAUUGUGUAUCACAAUAAACGUAGGAAAUAAACUUGACAUAUCCAAUGCAGAAAAGUCUUGACAAUUUUCUAAGUAACUAUGUCUUGAAAAGUAUUUACUGUGAUAAAUCUUACAAAGGGGGAGGCUAGGAAAGCCUUCUAUGGGAAGAAAGACCCUAUGUCAUCAGUGAUCAUAAUAGAUCAUCAGUGAAUUUACACAUACUAGCAGCAUUAUCAUGGGAAAGGCUUUGCCCAGAAAUAAAACCUUAACAGUUGGCAGAUAUAUUUCAUACUGGAGAAAAAAAUUCAGAUGGCAGUGAAUACAGUAGGAUUUCAGUGAUACAUUCUGCCUCAUGAUCAUCACUUCAUGCAGAAAUAAAACUUAUGUGAAGAAUAGAAAGGAUCAGGAAAUUCAUGAAGUAAAAAAGCCUCAUGAAAAUGAUACAUAUUUGAGGGCUUUCUGUCACAAACCUAAACUCAUGAUACACUUGAUGUCUGUUCUGGGACAGCAUACCUUGCAUCAUAAUUAUCAGUGAUUCCAUAAUUGUAAAGUGGGCUGUUCUUAUCAUUGAUUAAAUUUUAAUGCUUUAUACAACACAGCCUGUUUUCUGUGUCAACCUAGUAUGAUUUUUCUUACAUAUUGUAGGCCCUAAAUUUAUUUUUUCAGUCUAUUCAUAAAUGUAAUUUGGUAUAUUUGGAUGUGUUUAUCCAAGUUAGUAGGUACCAUUAUGUAGUUUGCAAAAAUGUCAUAAAUAUUAUUUUCCUAAAAUUUGUUUUGAAGUAAUUUUAGAUUCACAAGAGAUUAUACGAGUUUCCUGAGUACCCUUUGCUUACCAUCAUCAGUGUAACCUUCCAUAACCAUAAUAAUCAAAACCAAUUAGAUGACAUUAGUAAGUACAAUGCUGUCAAAGUACAGCCUUUAUUUGGAAUUUCCCACUUCAUGCGGUAAUUGUGGUUUUAUUUAUUUUUCUGUAGAGGUCUGAGAAAUUCUCUAAGAUGUAUAGAUUUAAGUAAAUCCUACCACAAUCAGGAUGUGGAACUGUUGUGUCAACAGAAAGAAACAUCCUCUUGCUACCUCCUUUUUUUUCUUUUUUUUUUUUUCGAGACAGAGUUUUGCUGUUGUUGCCCAGGCUGGAGUGCAAGAGUGCAAUCCUGGCUAAUGGCAGCCUUCACCUCUCAGGUUCAAGUGAUUCUCCUCCCUCGGCCUCCCAAGUAGUUGGGAUUAUAGGUGCCUGCCACCACGCCCAACUAAUUUUUGUAUUUUUAUAGUAGAGAUGGGGUUUCACCAUAUUGUUCAGGCUGGUUGAACUAACCUUGGGAGAACCACCCGCCUCCGCCUCCCAAAGUGCUGGGAUUAUAGGUGUGAGCCACUGUGCCCUGCCUGCUCUUGCUACCUCUUUAUACUCAGACUGUCCUCCCAACAUAACCCACAGUAACCACUGAUCCCAUCACUCUUAAUAUUGUCAUUUCAAGAAUGCUCCUAAAAUGGAAUUGUAAGGUAUGCAACCUUUGAAAUAGGGCUUUGUUCACUCAGCACAUUACCCUAAGAUCCAUCCAAGUUACUGGGCAUCUAGUUUUAAUUUUUGUUACUGAGUUACUAUUCUUUUAAAUGGAUGCACUGGGAUUUGUGUAUCCAUUCAGUGUUGAUGGACAUUUGGGUUGUUUCCAGUGUUGCUGUUAUAAAUAAAGAUGCUGUGACUGUGUACCUGA